AUGGAGCAGGUCGUCGUGGAGAAGCCGGAUAUCCAGGGUCGUGGAUCGAUCAGGUACAUAUCGAUGAAUGGCCUGGACGUCACCUCUCACGAUGCCAUAUCUACGGUCGGGCGUUUCAUCUACAGCCUCGAGGAUCUGAAGCAGGUUCUCAGAAUAGUGGAUUCUGUCCUGCCUUGUCUUGGCUAUGCCCGACAGCACAUGGAGUACGAACGGAGGUUGCCGACCGGAUCUGCGGAGGCCUGGGGGAGUGUGGUGCGCGGGGCAGAGCGCGCUUUGUUGGGGGACCAUGUACCCGUAAUGGGCGAGCGCUGGAGGAACGCCCCCGUCCGUGGGGUGUUGAAGGGGAGUGGAGGUGUAUCUGGGGUUCUCGGCACUGUCGGGCAUACCGUCGACGUGUUGUGGUCAAAGGACUGUACUGGUGUGGCGAGUGACUACGCCAGUGGUGGACAGAGGUGUUCGAGGUGCAAGAAGUUCUGGCGCGAUACAGCGAAGCCACGCAUCACGACCUUGACCGGAGAGCCGAAGCCGAACACCGCGAACUACCGGCUCAGCAGCGGUCAGAAGACGACUAAGCUUAGUCAGCUGGCCACAUCCAUGAAGGCGGCGAACGAGCCAGCAGAGCGGUGGCAUCGGAAGGUGAAGCAGUACCGGGAGGAGUGCAUUGAGUUCCCGAAGGAUCAAGGGGACGCGGUCCACAAGUUCCUCAUCGACCAGGAGACGAGGGAACUCCUCGACAAGAAGCUCCCACCGAAGAGCGAGCAGCGGGCCUUGCUGAAUGAUCUCAUACAAGGCAACCUGUCCAAGGGCGACGGGAGAGGCUAUCGGUUCCACCUAUCGACGAUGAAGUUCUGCAUCUACUACAGCGGGGUAGCGGGCACGGGAGCCUACAACGCGCUCCGGUCUGUGGUUCACCUGCCCAGCCAGUGGGUGGAAGUACCUCACCUUGAUGUUGUCUACCAGCACACCGCUCGUCGUGGGUCGCGCCUUUGCACGCAGGUUCCUGAUGUGCGAAAGGCUGGGCAGGUGGAACCGAUAGCCUCUCCCGUCGCCCUUGGACAGGUUGCCUUGUAUGAGAUCCUAGGGCAAAGAAAUUCGGUCAGUUUCCCGGUCGCCUUCCCCCAUCCAGUCCACCUGGGUCCCAUCUUCAACAUGAGUGACCCCCCCCACAUCCUCAAGAAGAUCGCUAACACCUGCUGGCACAGCGACCAGGACAGCAAGAAGCGUGAGCUGGCAAUGUGGUGUGGAGACGAGGAGGGCAAUACUGACUUAGUGCGGUUCUCCCUAGCGACCGCCGAGAGAGUGUACAACCAGGUCGAGAACGACGGCAACACCCUCAGCCAGGAGGAGAAGGUAGCUUCCAUCACGACCUUCCGGAAGGUCGUGCCGAGCUGCUUCAACAGGAACAGCUGGAACUGCAUGAACGUCAGCUAUUCUGCGAAGGUGCUGUCGGGGACGAUCGUUUGUAUGAUCGAGAAGGUCCAGCGCGACCUCCUGACCAUGGGAAAACCCCUCGACCUGGAGUUAGACUGCUACGCAGCACUAGCGGCGAAGAUGGACGCCUUUAUAGACAUCUUCAACGGCAAGUUAUACAUCAUCUUUGUUCUAGCGUAUUGCCUUGUCUUCCUCAAACAGCAGAUGUGGUGGUCGGGAAACUUCGGCCGGUCGGAGUACGCGCGCAGGAACGGCCUAGACAAGGAAGCGGGCUACAUAUCGUCGGCCGACGACUCCAAGCUCGAAGAGCUCAUUAACAUGGUGCGGUUCUUCGACAAGUGGCGGAGCAGCCUGCAGGAGAAGACGACGAUGGGCGACGAAACCUGGAAGAAGCACUUCAUCACGGAGUUCUCGUGGACGGACAUCCGGGUGUGCAUCCUCGGCUUCGUCAGUAUGUGUCGAUACCUGUUCGAGGAAGACUCGAGGUUCAAGGUCUCGCCCCGGCGUCCCUGGCCUCACUUCAUCAACCAGCGCAACUGCGGCCAGGACGUCAUUGAACACUGCUUUGGACACAUGCGCCAGGGCUUAGGGUCGCACAGGAACCCGACUGCUGCGCAAGCGAAGGAAAGAGGUGCACGGGGGGACAUCUUGCGUGGACUUCACGGACCUUGCCGUGCAAACUACAACCGGAACGCGCGGAAGGGACGGGACUUCGUGGCUUCUGGGUAUCGGGCAGAGGUCAUGCUCCCAGUAGGGGAGGGGGAGCGGUCUGUUAGGAUUAGGGCGAGAACGAAGGACUCGGACGAAGCUGUUCUGUCCCCGUGGUACAUCAGCGUGGCCGCACCCGGCGCAACCCCAGUAGCAGAUGGCAGUGCAGUUGAGAGUGGUGCACCGCAGGACAGUGCGAGCAGAGAGAGUGCAUAGGGAUCGUAGUUUUUUUUUUUUCUUCUUUUUUUUUCAUCCUCGUGUGUGUGUUUUGUCGCGGGAACAUGCUCUUGCCCCCAUCGAUCUACGCAGAUUCGUGAACGAGUGAGCGGGGCGGUUGGUGUGUUGUUUAUUUUGACAUUUUUCUUCGUGUUUGCCAGGAGAAGUUGUGUAGCCCGUACUGGUAUGAUUUGCCCGCGAAACAUCAUGGAAUACGAGUAAAGGAAAAAAGGCUCCCGUUAUCGGGAUCGCUCCUCUUUUUUGUUUGUGUCUGGCAGUGUGGUUAGCCUUGCUCAGGGUUUGCCGGCAUUGCGACCCCCACUGUUACAUUACACACUUGGCGGCGUGUGUGUGUGUGUGUUUUGUCGUGCGUGUGUUGUUCUUUUCUUUUCUUUUUUUCUUUUGUUUGCCAUUGUUUUGUGUACCCGAGGCUUGAAGCGGUGUGUGAGCGUAGAACACGAGCAGUGAAUGCCCAAGCCCACGGGAGGAAUAAUAAAAAAAAUACAUUUUACAACCUACCCACAAUCAGGCCGGUGUUGAAAUUGUGCGUUUGAGUGCAGCUGACACACAAUGCACCUGCGACAUUGCUAUCACCGCGGCGAGAUCGGGGCUUACCCUCAACGGACACCGAGUUCAGCACACACACGCAAGAACACACAAGUCUACCCGAAAUAUUGCAUGCACCUAAUCUUGAGACAAGCAGCAAGACUAAAACGCCACCGAGAUCUUAACCGUCGCCUCCUGGCUCGGUAGACUCUUCAACAACCGCGAGCCUAGACGCAAUUGGCCCCUCCAGAAGCGAUAGCGACGAAUCCAUAGCAGCAAAAGGUCGAGAUAGGAACACAUCGUCCCGCCCCUCCUCCACAGGUACAUCAACCGUCGGCAACCCCCCGCCGCUAGAUACCACCCCCCCUGGCCGUCGAGACGUCGCUCUCACCCAGGUUCCCACCACCACGCACCCCGUCACCACCCAUAGGUGACCCGGUCCCCGCAACGCUAGGGCCUGCCCCGUCGACCGGAUCGUCCUUGAACCCACCCACAAACUGGUCUAGGUAAUCCAGGAGAUCGCUUUUCCUUGAAUUGUUGGUCCCCCUCUGAAUUCCCGCUUGGUUUUUUAGCACGACAAGCUGUUUCGUAGUGCACCUUAGGCUAACCUCCUCCCUGCACAUCCCCUUCAACUGGUCGAGGGUGGGCGGGGGCUGCCUCUGCCCCCCC